CGUCGUUGGCGCACCCAUGGAUUCAAAUCCGUUUGUGGCGGCUACAGUGUAGUACAAAUCGCUUUGGCCCGCGCCUCGUAGCUCACUUUUCCUUUUGCAGCCAUUGCAUCCCACGAUGAUUUCCUUCGCCAAGCUCACUGCGCUCGUUGGCCUCGCGGCGUCGCUCGUGGCCGGCCAGACGUGCUUCCAGGGCGCCGACGAGAUCGGUCGCACGGCACCGUACGCGCUGGCGUCCAACGGGUCGGUGCCGCUGCGCACCGUCAUUUCGCGCGACGCCGCCUCGUACGUCUCGCUGCACUUUGACUCGCUCAACUUGCCCAACGGCGCUGUCCUCACGCUCUCGUCGCCCGACGGAUCGACGUCGGUCAAGUACACGGGCGGCGACCGCGACAACUUUUACGCCGAGUACAUCCCCGGCGGCUCGGUCGUGCUCUCGUACACGCCGCCGCGCGAAGACAUUGCGCUCCUCGACGGCGUCGACGCCUUCCGCAUCGAUAGUCUCGCGUACGGUGUGCCGCCGCGCCCGACCGAGGCCAUUUGCGGCACGGACGACACCAAGGCUGCGGUGUGCGUCAAGAGCUCGCUCCCGACGCAGUACACCAAGGCGCAGGCCGUGGGCCGGCUCCUCAUUGGCGGCACGUCGCUCUGCACCGGGUGGCUCUUUGGCUCGGAGGGCCACUUGAUCACCAACAACCACUGCAUCGGCGACGCCAACGCGGCCAAGGACAUUCAGUUUGAGUUUGGCGCCGAGUGCGCGACGUGCGCGGACCCGAACAACACGCAGCAGCUCGCUUGCCGCGGCACCAUCGUGGCCACGAGCGCGACGUUCAUCCGCACCAACAAGAACCUCGACUACACGCUCGUCAAGCUCAACCUCAAGUCGGGCGUGAGCUUGGCCAAGUACGGCUUCCUCAAGGCGCGCGCGUCGGGCCCCAAGCUCGGCGAAAAGAUCUACAUCCCGCAGCACCCCGCGGGCAAGCCGCGCCGCAUCGGGUACCUCCUCGACAACGGCGCACAGGGCACGAUUGAGUCGCUCAACAUCAACAGCUGCGUUGCCAACGAAGUCGGCUACAUGGUCGACACGGAGGGCGGGUCGUCGGGCUCGCCGGUCAUCAGUCCCAACGACCACGCGGUCAUCGCGCUCCACAACUGCGGUGGCUGCCUCAACGGCGGCGUCAAGAUCAGCGACGUCGUCAACGACCUCCAAGCCGCCGGCAAGCUCCCGGCCCAGUCGACUGUCUAAAUAGUAUGUCGAGACGAGUCGUGUUGUUUGUCAAUAAUGGAGUUCCAAGUUUUGAGUCGUCC